GUCACAACAAAGCAGACAAUAAUUUUUGCUUAAGAAAGUCACGUCUUUUGCCACACUCAGUGUUUAUUUCUUUAAUAGCUAAUUUCAAGCUUAAAAUGAGCAAAAAAUGCCGCAGUGGAAACACAAUCCUCCGUGUAAAGCCCACACUAUUCUUAGUCAAAUGUUCGCAGACGGAAAAAUUGAUCCAGCAACCACUGCAAAAGCUGCAUUCUCGUUUCACCCAGAAUUUGCCAAGUUUACCAUGCCGGUCUUUUACAACAACUUCAGGCAGCUUAGGCAAUUGCAUGGCCUCGAAUUAAAAAAUUCCGAAAAAAGCUCAUCGUCUGCCCUGAGUUGUUUGGAGGACUCGGCCAACUCUAGUAGUACCAGCUCUCUUAUCGUUUCUCGCAAACGCCUCCGUGACGAUCAAGAGUCUGACUUAAACGAGGAAAUAGAAGAUUUGGAUAGCAGGAUAAUUCACCAGAACCAGCCGGUCCUGAUGGCAGUUUAUAAGGAUCACUCAUUAGCCGAGAUAGUCUAUAUCUGUGUUACGCUUCCUAGUGGUGUCACUGAUAUCCGCUUCACUCUUGAUGGCACUGGGCCCGCAACGACGUUUGCUACCAUUACGUACACCUGGCCUCAAGUUAUGUUCGACAUUGAAGGUUUUUUUGCAUCUGCCAUUUAAAAAAAAACUAUGACAGUCGAACACCCCAAGAUCAUAGCCCUUAAAUUGGAACUAGAGAACAAUAGACAACACAUAGAUAGAAAACCUCAGGGCUCUAUGGAGAUCUCUCUGCCUAUUCCGGUCAAAACCGAUCCGAACACUGUUAACUAUAAGUUGGCCAAAGGAACAGAUGGCGUAAUAGUAUUAAUGGCUGAUUUAUGUGCAUUCCACAGAUCAUAUACAGCAACCAAACCCGAAUUCAAAUGUGAUUAUGAAGAAUUCUAGACUUCUAGUCGUUUUGGUUUAUGUUUUUAUUUAAAACAAAUAAACUGACAGUCGCAAACCCUA